AUGCAACACUUAAGACAAACUCUUAUCCUUCAAAUUCGACAUCAACUUAAUGAAACCUGGCCUUUACGUAUUGAAACUUUAACCAAUUUUCUUAAUGAAUUGCAAGACCAAAUACUCAAAAAAAAUACUCAAAGUUCCCCCCGACCUAGAAAGCGAAGUGUUCCUAAUAAUAAUGAUUUUCUUUCCGAUAUACCUGAUAAAUCCUCUAACAAUCUUUUAUAUAUUCCAAUAAUAAUUCGUGAUGGUCAGUCUCGAAUUAAAAAUGAAUGUUUUCAAUUACUCCAAGAAUGCGAUCGUGUACGUGUUUUAGUCAAUUUACAAUUUCCGAAAAUAUCGUCCAAUGAGAUUUCAUCUUUAGAAGAUGUUUUAUCAGAACUAUCACAGGCUCAAAGUACUUGUACAAUAAUUAGAGCCUCAAUAUCUAAGUAUGCUAGAACAAGAGCCAAAGUCAUUGGUAAGGGAGGUGGAGAAGAAAGAUGGGUAGCUGUCCAAGAAAUAGAUGAAGAGGCAAUAUUUUUAAUUUUUCAUUAUUCUACGCAGUUACGAAACAUUUAUGUUGUAUUAUAUACCCUGGUGCAGCGAUAUCGGUCAUUAUUGUGCUUGUAA